GCGUGGCGCCGCGCUGUCAUCGCCUGCCCUCUCCCUCCCCGUUUUAACUAUAUAAUAGGCCGUGAGUUCCUGGUGGGUGUGGGUGCUGCGGGGUCGCCCCGCGCCGCCUCAGCCACCGGUCAGAGCUAUUUCCUUCCCUACAGGUUCCACCAAAGCCUGUUAAGCUUGGUUUGUCCUGCUCGCUCCAGCGUGAGUAUCCGUCGUGAGGCCGCGGAGCUGGGAGGGGCGGUCAAGGUGGAUAAAAAUGUUUAAAACAAAGGGUCCGACGUGGAUACCCGGAGAAGUCGCUCUCUCUCGGCUCUGUCCGUGUGGCGCACGGGAGCGCAGGCCCUCGGGCCCGUGACGUACAGUCCCCUUCCACGACGUUGGAGAACAAGCUGGGCCCCGAGCCUGCAGCCUGCAUAUUCCUACUGCUUCUCUGAGCCUUCGGGCCGUGACAGAGGAGACAAACCAUGCAGGAAACACUGACACGCGGGGUGUGCCGGGAACACGUGCGGAGAUGCGAGGGAGAGAGAAACACAACGUCCUGAGCAAAUCCUUACUUACUUUUUUUUUUUUUAAUUUCCAGUACCAAAAUUGGAAAAGUUUAAGUGGAGCCCGAUUGCUGAAGCAGUUCUGUUCCAUGACAGCUGGUUGUGACCUUGCAGGCUGGAGACGUCUCUGGAGAUUCCAAGAUGCCAGGAAAACGCAGUGUGAAGAACCCGGUGCCAGAAGGGUCUCCUGAGACAAAGAAGGUUAAAGUCAGCCACCCAUCACACCGCUCACAGCCUGGGCUGGUGCUCACACUGGGCCAGGGUAAUGUCGGCCAGCUGGGCCUGGGUGAGGACAUCAUGGAGAGGAAGAAGCCAGCUCUGGUCACGCUUCCGGAGAUGGUGGUGCAGGUGGAAGCUGGAGGGAUGCACACGGUGUGCCUCAGCCAGACAGGAAAGAUCUACACCUUUGGCUGCAAUGACGAAGGUGCCCUGGGGCGUGACACCUCGGCUGAAGGCUCUGAGACCUCUCCGGGGCCGGUGGAGCUGCAGGAGAAGGUGGUGCAGGUGUCAGCAGGGGACAGCCACACAGCUGCGCUGACCGAGGACGGCAGGGUCUUCGUCUGGGGCUCCUUCCGGGAUAACAAUGGAGUGAUCGGCUUGCUGGAGCCCAUGAAGACGAGCUCUGUUCCUGUGCUGCUCCAGCUCGAUGAGCCUGUUGUUAAAAUAGUUUCAGGAAAUGACCACUUGGUGAUGCUGACAGUAGAUGGCGACCUGUUCACGUGUGGCUGUGGCGAGCAAGGCCAGCUGGGCAGAGUGCCAGCACUUUUUGCCAACCGAGGAGGACGGAAAGGGCUGCGUGAGUGGAUUUGGUUCUCAGAGAGCGGCUGCUGGUCCCCCAGCUUGUCCCUGUCAGGGGCAAAGGGAGAAGAGGCAAAAUGUGCUUCCAGGACGCUUUCUGCGGGGCCUAUUUCACCUUCGCUGUCACGCGUGAGGGACACAUCUAUGGAUUUGGCCUCUCCAACUACCACCAGCUGGGCACCCAGGACACCGAGCCCUGCUUCUCCCCGCAGAACCUCACAUGCUUCAAGAACUCCACCAAGUCUUGGGUUGGGUUCUCUGGUGGGCAGCACCACACGGUCUGCGUCGACUCCGAGGGUAAAGCCUACAGCCUGGGCAGGGCAGAGUAUGGCCGGCUGGGCCUCGGGACAGGGGCAGAGGAGAAGAGUACCCCCACAGUUAUCCCAGAGCUGCCCAGCAUCACCUCGGUGGCCUGUGGAGCAUCAGUUGGUUAUGCUGUCAGCAGUGAUGGACGAGCGUUUGCCUGGGGAAUGGGCACGAAUUACCAGCUGGGCACCGGGGAGGAGGACGAUGUCUGGAGCCCUGUGGAGAUGACGGGGAAGCAGCUGGAGAACCGGCGGGUGCUGGCUGUGUCCAGCGGUGGGCAGCACACCGUGCUGCUGGUCAGUGACAAGGAGCAGAGCUGAUGAACACCGCUGCAGCCGAGCCCAGCGGGAUCACAGCACCCCCAGACCCCCCCAGCUCCCUGCGUUGGGGAGCCAGUUACCUGGGGAGGGCAGGAGGCUCACGGAGCUGGGCCCAGCAGCACCUGCACGGGUGGGGUGCCCCAUGGGUUCUCCCUGCAAGUGUUUGUUUUCCCGUGGUGCCCGGUGCUCUUUCAGCUCCCCGGGUCAGCUUGGUCCUAAACUGAUCCCAGUUCUGUGCCUGGAUGGAUUUCCACUUCUUGUCUGGUUUUUUAACAUUUCCUGGCCCAGCAAAGCUGAGGGUCUUGUUCACUCUUCAAUCAGGUUUGGGUAUUGGUCUCCAGGAAGUCCCCGUGUUCCCCAGAGCUGGAUGCUCUUCCCCAGCUUCACCUUAAUGUACCUCUCUGGCCUGGAUGUGUCUGCUGCCACCCACCAAACAAACCCCUCUGAGUCUGUCCUAGGCAGGUCUGAGUCCAACAGGAAUGUGUCCAGGAGGCUCUGUCUAAUCCAGAACUCGUGGUUGCUGUGGGGGAUGUUUACCUCGUGAGGGAGAGUGCUGCUGGGUGAUGCCUAGCACACUGUGACCGCUGGAAAAGGGAAGGGGCAUUCCUGCCUCCCCUCCCUCAAGUAUCUAAGCUGAAACCCCCCAGGCAGUGAGACCACGAGCAGGUUCCCCACUCCCCCCGGCCUGGAGCAGCCACCUCCAGCACUGCUUUCUGCAGUCCUGGCCACUCCCUCUUUGCCAUUGCCUUUGUAAACCCAACCAAAUCCAUCCCACGGGUGGGAACACCGUUCCUUCCACUUGCUGAGGAAGGAGCUUCAUUUGCUGUUCGGGCCUUGCUGAGCCGGCACCCAGACCCCAGCUAUGCAUGGAGUCGCUGAUAACAACAGGACUCCUCCUCCCCGUCGCCUCCCUAAUGCAACUGCCCUCCUCCAUCCUCUCCUUAUCCUUACAGGAGGUGCCUUCCGGGUGCCUGGAGUGAGGAGGGGUCUGUAAAGAGCUAAAUUAUAGCAGUGGGGGGGGGGACGGGACGGGGGGAGAUCUGGGAUUAUACAAUGGUUCCAAAGGGGUUGGAUUUUUUUAAAAAAAGAAAAUGUAUUUUGUUUGAUUAAUCAAGGCAGAAAGGACAAAAGACCUCAUCUUUUAACAUUUAGAAUAAACAGA